GGGGUUGGGCGCGCCUUCAAGAGCCGCGGCGGCGCCUCAGCCGUCGGAUUUAAGGCACGAUAAGCCGGGCACACGCACGCUUGCGCGCGGCGGAGCAUCCUUCUCGGCGGCAUCGGCUAGCGGGGCAGAGAGGCCGGCAGAGCGGCGGCGCAGCGGAGCCGUGCGAGGCAGACAAAGCAAAGAUGGCAGGGAUCCUCGCCUGGUUCUGGAACGAGAGGUUCUGGCUGCCACACAAUGUCACCUGGGCGGACCUGAAGAGCACCGAAGAGGCCACCUUCCCUCAGGUGGAGGAUCUCUACCUCGUCUUCCCCGUGGCCUUCUGCAUCUUCAUGAUCCGCGUGGUCUUCGAAAGGUUUAUAGCCAAGCCAUGUGCCUUAGGCCUAAAAGUUCAGGCCAAUGGACCACAAAAAGCUCAGCCGAAUGCUAUUCUCGAAAAGGUCUUCACUGCAAUUACAAAGCAUCCAGAUGAGAAGAGGCUGGAAGGGCUGUCGAAGCAACUGGACUGGGAUGUGCGCAGUAUUCAGCGCUGGUUUCGGCAGAGGCGCAAUCAGGAAAAGCCAAGCACUCUCAGAAAAUUCUGCGAGAGCUCGUGGAGAUUUACAUUUUAUCUUUACAUAUUCACCUAUGGUUCCCGGCUCUUGAAAGAGAGUCCCUGGCUGUGGAGCACCAGGCAGUGCUGGAUUGGAUAUCCCAAUCAGCCACUUACACCUGAGCUUCAUUACUACUACAUAGUUGAGCUGUCAUUCUAUUGGUCUCUCAUGUUCUCUCAGUUCAUUGACAUCAAAAGAAAGGAUUUUGGCAUCAUGUUUACACAUCAUAUCAUAACAAUCAUGUUGCUAACCAUCUCCUAUACAGUCAAUUUCACACGCGUGGGGAGCCUGACUCUGUGUCUUCACGAUGUAGUUGAUGCUGUAUUGGAGGCAGCCAAAAUGGCAAACUACUGCAAGUUUCAAAGACUGUGUGAUUUCUUCUUCCUCGUGUUUGCUAUUGUUUUCAUUAUUACAAGGCUUGGAAUAUAUCCUUUGUGGAUACUGAACACAGUGCUGUUGGAAAUGCCAGAAAUAGUUGGCAGCUUUCCUGCCUUGUCGAUCUUUGCCAUUCUGCUUUUGACUCUUCAAGUUCUCCACUGCUUCUGGUCCUAUCUAAUAGUAAAGGCAACCUAUAAAGCUAUUGUAAAAGGCAAGGCAAGAGAUGACCGAAGUGAUGUUGAGUCUAGUUCAGAUGAAGAACCCUCGACUCCUGUUUCAAAGAACUCCCAUAGUUCAGCCACUACCAAUGGGAUGAGUGGAGCAAAUGGAACAAAUGGGUAUCUCACCAGUGGCAAUUCUGCAGAAGAACACUAAUUCCUGGAUGCACGAACAAAAUGAUCUGUUUGCUACUGGAAGUAAAUGAGUUGUGAAUGCUGGGUUUGGGUUUUGUUUCUUUCCCUUUUUUCCCCUUUCCUUAUUCUUUUUCUCAGCAUUGGAGGAAAAAAACACACUUGGAGUAUCUAAAGCUUCUGAUCGCGCACUGCCGUAUUUCCUGUUUGUGAAUUACAGCGCCGCACCAUUUUAUGUAUGUAGGCAUGCUGUAUGUAUAUAUACAUGACCUGAUGGGAGCAGUAUUUUCUUCUGUAAACUUUGAAUUUUAUUUUUUAUCUUAUCUGGGGGUGGCUUGCAGACGAAAGGGAACUUCCUCUGGAUACUCCUUUGGACUUCAUCAGGACGAGGGUUUGCCAGGUGUAACGGUGUGUCCCUUCUCCGUGCUUGGUUUCUCUAACAAGUAUGUUUCAUUGCAGGUGCCUGCUUGAAUGUCUUCUGCAGUGGGGCUAUAGGAGUUCAUCUCCCAUUCUGGGCAUUUUUCCUGCCUUUUUUCUUGCUCUUUCCUUUUUGCUGAAGGAGGCUGACUUUAGAAAUUGCCAGUACAAUCACAAGUGGCCACUCCCUCACCCCACCCUCAGUGUGAAGUUAUAAAGUCGUGCAUUGUUAUUUUUACAUUGCCUCUAAUGGGGUCAGUUUGACAGUUCAUAUUAAACCAUAGUUACUGUAAAAUAAGAUUUAGGAUUGCUUUAAAUUCCAUAAUUGAUGGCAAAUUGGAUUGGUCUGAGCAAAUGCUCAAACUAUGUUUACACUAAGCAUGAUGAACUCAUCCUGCAGAAUGUUCCUGCCUUGCAGAUUUAACCCCAAUUUGGUUUAUAAACAUUUUGUAUAGAUUUCAGGCUGAUGUCAUUCAAAAAAGUUUUUCUUUCAUUUCAGAAGAAACAUGCUUGGUUGGGUCUCUCGACAUGUGUACAAAAUUGGAUAUUUGGGUAAUUAGAACUAGAGUCAAGAAGACCAGAAUCAGAAAAGUAUUGCCCAUUAGUAUUAUCCAUAAAGUAGACCAUAAACAGAGUAUUGGAAAAGAUUAGACUGCCAAAACCUAAUUCUCUCAGACAGUAUUUAACCUGUGUCUAGACCAUACCACUUCGACCAUAGUUGGAGUAUCAGUUGGUGGCUUACCAUGUUAUACAAAAAUAUUUCAUGUAUAUAGAAUCUAGAUGUCAGGAGAGGAGUUCAGAAUAUUCUGGCAUAGAACUCUUCUUUUGACUUAUGCCAGUCUUCUAUGUGCAGAUCAUUGUGUUGUAAACAGGAGCAUUAAAUCAUGUACUGCUUUGUUGUGGUACAGUCUUGACACAGGUUUUCUGUCUUGUAAUCGGUUUGUAAGAAUGUGGACUUACUGCCUGAGGUUUCUUUCAAGUGUAUGCAAAUAAAUUCCUUGAGGAUGCGGCCCAUUAGGUGCUGCUUCUUACAAACUUUCCUUGUUCUCUGAAGCUUAUGUGCUGAGUAAAUUGUGUGAAUCCGGCUCAUACGUAAGAUCUGUUUUUAGGGACUGAGGAUGGUGGUUUGGGUCUUCCAAGUCCCUCGAUUUCAGUGUGGGCGAUGCCUUGUCUAGUACAACUCUGGCGGUGUUCCACACAAUUGAUGGCUACAUGAGUCUCAUGCUAGUCUCCUUCCACAGUCAGGGGGAGGAAGAGAGAGUUUCCCAGUUAUAGUUCCCCUAGAGAUAGUUGCUAUAUCUGGUGCCAUUAAGUCCAACCCAGGAACAUAAAGAGAAAAACCUGCUGCUUGGAGGUGCCCCAGUAUGGAUUAGUAACAAGCAUCCAAAACCAUUUAAUAAUUAGAGAAACUAAGCUGGCAAUAGCCAUAGUCUCAUUUGCUUUUCUUUUAAAAAUGUACAUAUGGGAGUUGCUCCAAAUUAAUCGGAAAUAGCACCUUACAAGAGAAAUAUUAGUUCUUUUUUGUUUGUUUGAUUGCUUGAUUGCUUCAAUCUCUCUAUAUUUGAGGUUUCCUUAUUUCCUAGGCAAUCCCAAGAUAAAGAAAAGAUAUUUCUGUGCUUAGCAAAGCAAGUGUCAGCAGAGGAGAUAACUUUUUUCACACAAAGAGCUUCAUUCUCUGCCAGCGUUGGACACAUGUGGCAAAGACCUUCAGACAGGGAAAGGUGAUAAUCGUAAGAAAUAGGGAAGCAUCAGCUCAAAAUCAGAAGUUGACCUUUAUCAAAAACUAUUUUGAGCCACACAUCUCCUGCACCGCCCUUAAAAUUUUCUCAAGCCAUACAGUAUUUUAUCUGAAAUUAUCGUAUGCACAAGAGACUUUAGUACAGGAAAAAAUCCAUAUGCCCUAAUCAUAACUUUUACACUCACAUUACCAUUUCUUAAGUCAGCCCACACUGACUUCUUCAGUGGACUUGGGCAUGUGGGACUGGUCCUCUGAAGCCUUCCCUGGUCUGGAUUUUCAUUUGCCAUGUCCCAAAGCAUCUUGGAAUGUGCCAAGUCAUGCAGUGCGGAUGCUUUAGCAUAGUCACUUUCAUGCAUGUGAAUCCACUGGAUAAACCAACUACUUUGCAAGAUCUUUAAAGAGAAAAGUAGUUGUGGGUCUUGGCUUCCUUUAGAGCUGCCAGUAUGGAAAACAGAAAUGAAGGUGCUAAUGGAGCGAAGAAAGUGAAACUAAUAUUUUCCUGAACUGCUUCUGCAUUUGAGCUGAACAAAUGGGAAGUGCCUGUUGCAGGGAUGGGGUUCAAAAAGAAUCCUAACACCACCACAGGUAUCAGACAGAGCUUCACCACCACAACAGUUUCUGUUGCUCAUCCCACAAUGUUGUUGCAGCUACAUCAUGGUGCAGCUCUUGUCUUUGUCCCAGAAAGCUAGGCUGGAGUCCUCAGCAUAGCAGAGUUUGACUGGGCUCAAAUGAGGUGCUGGAUGUGGGCUGGGAUAAAAUCGUAUUGUCGGAAUCGAGACACAUGAGUAGAAUCCAGUUUUUCGUUGCCAGGAGACAUGGAUUGAGGGUGGGGGCUUGCAAAAUGCAGAAUGGCAUGGCUCAGGAAGGAAUUCUGGACAGAAUUUUUAGCUUUGUUUUAAAGUGAGGAUGCAGUAAGACUGACAGCUACCAACAUUAAACAUGGAUUAGUUACGGAGAAAUGCACAGUGAUGGAGUUAGUGGGAGGCAGCCUUCUGAGCAUUGCUUCAAAGAACAGAAAACCUGUUACAAAGCAUGCUUUGAAGUGAGUUGGACUAUAGCCUGGUGCCAACAGCCUAAUAUAAAUAGUUGGAGGUAGAAUAUUAUCUAAGCUCAAACUACAGAUGUUCUAGCAUGCAGGUAGCCCAGUAUAUCCUGCAAGGAGAGUUUCUCCAUUCACUUUAAAGGAUUGAAUUGAAUGGGAAUGCUCCUGCAUGCUCAUAAGCUCAGUGUUUGCUUUCCACUCUUGUGCCUGCAAGGAGCCACUGGAUCCAAGCAAAAAUAAGUAAUCAAUUUCCAUAAAAAACCCGUUCAGAAAUAAUUGACAUUCAAUUUCCUGGAUUAGUUAGUACUGUCAAACUUUUUAUGUGUUUCGAACUCUUGUUAGUGAAAACUCUUUGGUCCUUCUUUAGCACUAGAAUAAGAGAUGCUGUGACUACAAUGUGUAGAGUAGGAAAAAAUGAAGAAAAGCAAGUGUGUGGAAGUGAGUAGCCAUUAGCUAUACUGGAUGUUUUAUUAGCCAGCCCUGAGAUAGGAAAGUAAGAUCCAUUGUUGUGUAUAUUUAUUCUGUUAGUUAUUGACAUGGAACACACUGAAUAAAGACAUUGUGUGUGUUUUAUUUAAAAGAAAAAGACAGAAAAUUGGAUGACUGACUGGAAGCUAGUCUCUUCAGAUGAAAAUGGGAAUUUGCUUGCAUUCUCCAUCCAGACUGUAGAGUGCCAGAUGGAAAAUGCCAAAAAGAAAUAUAAAUAUAUCCUUGUUGUUAGUUUUGACUUAGCUCAACAAAUUAUUUAUUUUUUUCUCUUUGUUGUGCAGUUAGCUUGCUGUUUCUAAUUGUAUUUACAUCAGAAAGUUGGUUCGCAUAAGACCUGGUGAGCAGACUGCAACUGCGGCACGAUACAGGGGAGACACGGGUCUUGGAUUUGCGCGUGGUCCCCCACCACGGGCAGAAAUGUGAAUGGGACCAGGGGCUGGCACGUGUAGCUAUGUCAGAAGGCUUCCACCAUACCUCCCGCCACUUUUUUCCAAGGACCCUUGAGUGGGGCUUGCUCACAUAGCUGCCUGUGUGUCUAAACCCUGGUUUGCAUUUGAAGUACUGCAUGCCCUGGAAGGGAAAGAACAUGCGGCCAGAGUUGACCUCUCUACCCUGUCAUGUGCAUAGUCUACACACCAGUGCCCUCUGUGAGCUAGCCCAGCAUUUGUUUGCUUCUGGGGGAGAUACUGAAGAUCGGUUGCUAAUGAUGUGCACAGAAAGCUUGGCUCUUUUUCGGGAGCAUUUGCAUGGCAUGCUUUGCUCCCUUCUGCUGUCAUGCAGUGAUUUGGCUUCUCGGGUUGUAGUAGCAGCUGGUGGUUGUGAUCUGUAAGGAACUAAUAGAUAUCUAAGCCCUGAGAGCCAGGGCUGGGUUUAUGGGGAAAGAAGAGUAACCGUUUGUCUUCGUGCAUUGUCAGCAUGUGACAGCAAAUAGCCAUGGAGGGCCUUCAUCAGAUAAAUGCCCUGCGAAUACUCCCUUUCCUUCCAGUCAUAACAGUCGGAGCUGAGCACAUUGUAACAAGCAAGGAACCUUUGCGUGUGUGCACUUGUGCUCACAUGCAGCAUUUUGCAAUAAAAUGAUGGACAGAUUUUUGUGUAACCAAAUGCCAGACUGUUUUGAAUGUCUUAAUCUGUACAUAGAAAGGCAUCAGUUACACAAUAUUCUGGUGGUUCAGGUUGAUCAGCCCACCUGCCAUUCACUUAGGUGCUGUAUGGCAGAGGGUUUUGAAUAUAGGGCUAUUAACGUCCAUAUUUCUCAUCUCUACACAUACACCAUUAACUUGAGCUUUCUAUAAUUCCCAUAAAUGAAAGAUGGGGUUCUUUAUCCUAUGCUCACCCCCAUUGUUAAUAUUUUGUAUUUAUUUUUAUUUAAGCACUGCCUAGUAUUACAUUUCCUCUUGUAUUAAUUACCGAAUACCAUGUCCAAUAAUAAAUUACAAGUGUUGUUUAGGCUACUAUGAGAACAACCAAAUACUCCAAAUCCAGUGUUAGAAAUCGAGUUGCCUUGAAAUCACUAAUCAAAACUUCAAAAUGACUCUUGCUAAACCAGCGAUGUGUGACUUGCACAUUCUGUUGAAUGCACUUUCCUUUGCUUUAGAGUCUUCUGGGAUGUUCCUAAAACUGCCCAUUUUUAGCUUGGCAUUUUAAAAACAGUUCUCUUGGGAUUUUAGAAACAUUACUCAGCACACAUUUCUUGCCCUAAUCCUAACAGUAAACCGGAGUGCCUGACUCCACUUACACUUAGACAACAGCCUCCGGUUAUUUUAAUGGAAAGGGUGUGUGUGUGUGCUGACAGUAUUUAUUUGAACCUCCAUUUUAGCUGAAUGCUAUAGCGAUAGCAGGAUAUAUUCUAUUGAUAAUGAUCAUCUCAGAAAGAAGUGUGGAGCACACCCGUCUGGUAUGCCAGAGGGGUUCUGCCUGUGCACAAAGUUCUAAAUGCCUUAAAUAAUAACCAUCAUUCUGUGCUCUGCAUGGGGGGUCAGGUCAGGACGAAAUGGUGCAAUUUUUCAUCUGUGUUUUCAAGACAAUCUAGCAGUCUGAGCAACUCUUUCAACGAUGAUAACUGACUGGUAUAUUUCAUUGUCAGAAAUACAGCAAUGUGUUUAGCCUUGGAUUUUGCUUCUGUUCCCCCAUCCUGUUUUUCUUUCCUGAAAUAAAGAAAUUCCACUUCUUCCUGGAA